UGGCGCCACGGCGCCAGACCACGCGCGACACAACUCGUUUUUCCCUGCAUGCUCUGAAGACAACCGGAGACUGCAAGUUUCUUGCUCGCGUGCUCGGCCGGUGAAUGCAUUUCCAGUUCUUCAUUUUCCACAAGAAGCUGCUCGGGUGUUUUCUCUACGGUUUUCAUGGCGGCCUCGAACUCGGGAUACUCACCGUCUCUCGAAGUUGCUUCUUUCUCGGAAGUUGGUUUUCCGUCCCUGACAGGACGAUGCCUACGGCGAGACACACGGCUCCGCGAAUGUUGAGUUGGCGAGCAGAGUUUUCCAUCUCCACUGCGUUCCACUUCUGGCUUUUCCUUGACUCUCGCGGGUCACAGAAACGCAAGUCCCUGUGACUGUCGUCCGCGAAAGUCCGGUCCUGCGGAGCGGAGCCAAACUCACAUUUUUCUGCGUCGGUUCUGCUGGCCGCCAAAGUCUUCUGCCGCACGUCGCGAAAACCGAGCUGUCUGCACAGUUGUCGUGCAUUUCUUUGUCUCUUCUGCGGUUGUUCUCGGUGCAUCGUUUGGUUGGUGGAUUCGUGAACUUUUCUUGCGUCGAUCUUUGUCGGGUCUUCGGCAGGCGGUGUCUCUAUGAUCUCGCGUCUUCCCUUCACGUUGCCUGUUCGCAGUUUCCGGCGAAAUGGCGCUCCACGGCGUGACACCUGAGACGAAGAGUCUCGACCAGAUGAGCCCCGCCGACAGUCGAGCUCGAUGCCGCGUCCCUUCACUCGAAACUUCGUCGGAACCCACGACUUGUCCGUUGUCUGCGUUUGCCUCUUGCUCCUCGACUCCACUCUUCGCAUCCAUUUCCCUGUCGGAAGAAGAAGACACACCCUCGAGUCGAUGCGCCAGCAGUGCGCCGCGCCCACGCUCAACGGCGCCCUCUUCUGUCUCCUCUCUCCCCUCUGUCUCCUUCGAAGUCGAAGCGUCGAGUUCUGCUCCCUCUCGUUUCGCUUCCUGCACUCAAGAUGGCCUGCUCUUCCUCGGCACCGGCGUCUCCUGUGCGCUCCCGCAGCUCGGCCACGUGCUGCCGAUGGCGUCUCCGUCUCACCCUUUCUUCCCUCUCCUCCACCUUCCUCCAGGCCAGCUUCCUUCCUCGAGAGAGCUCCACCGCCUCGCUGCGCAACAGACUGAAGAUCCGCAGGGCUGCACGGCGAGGGAAAAGCGCCUUCGAGAGGCGGAGCCGGCAGGUGGACGUACACCCGAGACAAAGAGGGCGCGGGACGGCGCUGCGGGGCAGACGAGUGGAGGCGAGCAUCUGUCUGCAUGCGCCGAGAGUCGACAUGCGGAGACAGACGCAGUGUCUGAGUCAAACGCUCCGCCGCGCGAGGCUGCAGCGCGCGACUGCUGCUCGGAGGAGAACUUCACCUGUGGACAGAAACAGGAAAAAUUGGAAGACGGCGGUCACGGCGUGAGUUGUGUGUCUUGUUUUCUAUGUUGGAAGAACGAGCAAGACGAAAACCGCCGCAACAAUGUCUCCGCCGUCCUUCGAAUUGCUGGAAAACGAAUCCUCAUCGACUGCGGCAAAACCUUUAGACAGGCAGCGCUUGCCUACUUCCCCCUCCACCAAAUCACAACUCUGGACGCCGUGCUGCUGACUCAUGACCAUCAAGACGCAGUCGGCGGGAUCGACGACUUGCGAGAUUUGCAGCGCUUCACUCGACCAGCUCUCUUGCCUCCAACAACUGCUUCAGGCUCGGGUGUAUGUACAUCUGCGCCGUCAAGCGGGAGCGAGUCUGCGGGAACUUGCGUUCCGCUCGCGGGUGAGGAGAACGGCGUUUCUGCGUCUGUUGCUUCUUCGAAUUCCUUGCUUGAGGAAAAACAUCUUCGAGGCGUAGAACUCAAGAAGGAGGAAGACCGGAAAGCGUUGGGGUAUCGACCGGAGAAUCUGCUCCCUUGCUACCUGGGGUUUCGAACGCUGCAGUCGCUCUGCAGCAAAUUCAAGUACAUUGUCCAGACGUCCUGGCGCAUGCAGAAGGCGCUGUUAGACGCGAGAGAAAAGAAAAAGCGACAGGGAAACAGAGAGUCCACAGAGAACGGGAAGAGGUCGGAGCCUGGUGGGGAGACGUGCGAGACAGACGCGAAGAAAUGGGGGGCAGAAGAAUCAUUGACGCCAAUAGCGCAUCUCCUCUGCAACAACGACUCGAACGUCCACGAAGAACUGCUCCCUGGAUACGAAGUCGCCUCCGACUGCACGGACAUGCCUGUUCUCGAACGAAAGGUUGCGUGUCUCGCCUUUCAUCUCCUCAACGACACAGCGCCUUCUUCUUCUUUUCCUUCUUGUUUGUCUUCCUCGUCGUCUUCAUCGUCUUGCUCUUCCUCCUCCUCUCCCCCUUCGCCUUCCUUUUCUUCGUCUUGUUCGGCGCCUGCCGUGUCCGCUUCUCGUCAGGAUGCGCAAGACUCAAAGCCUUGUUCAACUGAAGGUGAGACGGCGAGCUGCUCUUACUCUGGCAACUGCGGCGUCGAUUUAAAUUGCAUGUGGAAGAGACUUCCAAAGCACAUCGCGGACGACGCAGGUUUCUCCACACUGCAGAUUCCAGGCGUCUCCGUCCCCAUUCACUCGUUCCCUGUCUUCCAUGGGGGGGUGUACGUCUCGCUCGGCUUUCUAGUGGGCGCUAGAGAGAAGCUCGUUUACAUUUCAGACGUAACGUCUUUCCCGCCUCCCGUCUUGCGUCGACUCCGUCAGAUUCCAGACAUCGAAACCCUCGUGGUGGACGCCAUCGGAGAGAAACUUCACAAUGCACAUUUCUCACUUCAGGAGGCUCUCGCGCUCGCCGUCCUUCUUCAGCCGAGAAAAGUCUUCUUCGUAGGAAUGUCCUGCUCCCUCGAGCACCGCAAAACGAAUCGACGCCUCGCCCUCUGGCUGCGCCGACACCGCGAGGUGUAUGUAGAGCGCGAGGGACGGGAGUCGCGAAUCGAAAACGUCUCCCUCGCUGUGGACGGUCUCUUCGUGCCAAUGCAAUUUUAAGAAAGGCCUCGGCCUUGUGAAUUAAGCUGCCAUUUCUAGCGAGUGCAGAGUUGUUUGCUCAGCGCUCCUUCACUACGCUUCCGGCUUCAAUUAUCAGAGUCGAGAGAAGAGCUCAGGGGCGCCUUGUCUAGUGCAAAUACACCUGCCACGCGGCUCAGGGAGCGACACCGGAGUCCGCACUCUUGCUGGUCUUUGUUCUUCGCGUCUUUCUUUUUUGGCGCUUCAUUUGAGGGUUGAGCUCGUGUUUUAUGCGCCCGGUAGCUCCCCUCAUUGUGCCUGUUCACGUCUUCCAAAGACGUUCUUUCCUUGUUGAAUCGUUCAACA